AUGCCUACCAGACUCACCAAGACGCGGAAGCACCGCGGUCAUGUCUCCGCCGGUCAUGGUCGUGUUGGAAAGCACAGAAAGCACCCCGGUGGUCGUGGUAUGGCCGGUGGUCAGCACCAUCACCGUACCAAUCUCGACAAGUACCAUCCUGGUUACUUCGGUAAGGUUGGUAUGAGACAAUUCCACCUUCUGCGCAACCACUACUGGAAGCCCGCCAUCAACCUCGACAAGCUCUGGACGCUUGUUCCCCAGGAGACCCGUGAGAAGUACUUGAGCGACAAGGCCCCCUCUGACAAGGCCAUCGUUCUCGACCUCCUUCCUCUCGGUUACGCCAAGGUUCUCGGAAAGGGUCGCAUCCCCAACAUCCCUCUCGUCGUCAAGGCUCGCUAUGUCAGCAAAGAGGCUGAGCGCAAGAUCAAGGAGGCUGGCGGUGUUAUUGAACUCGUUGCUUAA